CAUCCAUGUCAGCGCGGGAAGAAGAUCAAUUCCUCGAGCUUGCAAAUGACGGCGGGCUGAAAAGUAUGUUUGACAUAACAUCUCUGCCGGCAUUCUGGAUCAAAGUCAAGGCUCAAUAUCCUGAGAUAGCCACGAAAGCACUGAAAACGUUGCUUCCAUUUCCAACAUAUCUCUGCAAUGAAUGCAACGAAAACUAAAUUGCGGAAUAGACUGGACAUAAGGAACCCCCUUCGAGUAUCGCUGUCUCCCAUCACCCCUCCAUAGGACCGUCUUGUUGCAGGAAAACAAAUAUUCAGCCCAGGGCUCCCACCGAUUCAGCGAUAUUGCUUUGAUACCAACAAGAAUACCAACAGCACCGGUGGCAGCUACAACACCAGCGAUACCAGGGCUACCUACAAAAGCAGCAAGACCAGCAGCACCAGCACUGACGCAAAUGCUGCCUGGCCAGUUAGUACCAGUGGAGGAUGAAGAUAUUCGGCGGCACCUGCUUAAACGGAAGGAAGCUAAGUUCAGUCAUGGAGUGGGGGACCUGAUCUGCCAGAAGGAGCUGUGGAGUUGGACAUCCGAGGUUCCCCUGUACAUCAACACGACUGAGCUCCCUGUGGCGAGGCAAGGAUGGGUUGGAGUGGUGGACUUGUGCGUCAGGUACCGCUUGAAUGAGGAAGGGAUUGUGAACGAAUGGUUUGCGUUCAGCAACACACGGAACGGGCUUCCCCUGACGGACGACAACCUGGAGGUCUUUGAGAGUGAGAUUCUUGUCAAAAAAGUCAAUAAGAUGGGUCCCGCAACAGGAAAACGAAACUUCCGGGCACCAAUACAGGACCUGAACUCACUUGAAGAGCUUAUUCAAGCCGAGGAAGAGGAAGAGAAUCUGCUGGACUCGUACGCCACACCGGGAAGGCAGGCGGCUUCACAGAAACGGUCGCUGACCACCCCGGAGGACCGGCAGUCGAAGAAGGCAUCGGCUGGCCGCAGCCCACGUAUCCUCUUCUCCCCAUCCUCCUUCUCCCCCAGUGUCACCCCGUCGCAGAAGUACGGCUCCAGAACUAACCGCGGCGAGGUGGUCUCCUCCUUCGGUGCGGUCCGCGGGGCCGCGUGGCGCGGUGCGGGGGGCAGGGGCGCCAGCGUGCGGCUCCUCACUGCGCCCGAGGACUCGAUCACGGCGAGGUUCAAGCACAUGUUCCAGAAGCUCUACGACAUCCGAGAAGUUUUAAACAACAGAAUUGAGGAUUUGGCUCACUCUUUGUCAGAUCAUCACAACAUCGAGGACUUCAGGCCAGUUGCUGCGCUCGCACAGGAGGCAGUAAAGUUUCUGGGACAGAUCGCCUGUGACAGCAAUGGAAAGCUUAACGCAAAGUCGGUGAUGUUGCAGGGAGAUCUGGAGCAUUCGACGGGAAUGCAAGUUCCGGUGGAUCUGUCGGAGCUAAAGGAAUACUCUCUCUUCCCAGGGCAGGUGGUGGUCCUGGACGGGAUAAACAGCACCGGCCGCUGCAUCGUGGCUUCCCACUUGUAUGAGGGCGUCCCGCUGCCUUUCCACAAACCCCAGAAGGAAUUGGAGGAGGAAGAGGUGGAGGAUUUGGAAGGUCUGGAGCAGCAGAUGGUUCUCGUGGCCUGCGGACCCUACACCACAUCGGACAGCAUCACCUACGACCCCAUGAUGGACAUCAUCGAUGUCAUCAACAAGGACCAACCAGAUGUCUGUAUACUGUUGGGACCAUUUGUGGACAGCAAGCAUGAGCAGAUUGAGAACUGCAAGCUGACAGUGACAUUCCAGGAGGUUUUCAAGCAGUGUAUGAAGGGAUUUGUGGAAGGAACGAGGAGCUCAGGGUCACACCUUGUGUUCGUACCGUCGCUGAGGGACAUUCAUCAUGACCUGGUAUACCCUCAGCCACCGUUCUACAGCUUCGAGCCAUCAAAGGACGAUAAAAGGAGGGUCCACUUUGUCUCUGAGCCCUGCACGUUGAAUAUCAGCGGAGUGGUCUUCGGGGUGACGUCGACCGAUGUUCUCAUUCACAUGACCGCAGAAGAGAUCAACAGUUCCCUCGGCGGCUCGGACCGAUUCACAAGAAUCCUCAAGCACAUCCUGACUCAGAGAAGCUACUACCCUCUCUACCCGCCUGCGGAAGACAUGACCAUAGACUACGAGAAUUUCCAGAUGCACGCACUGCUCCCUGUCACUCCCGAUAUUUUGGUCGUUCCCUCCGAGCUGCGCUACUUCGUCAAGGAUGUUCUGGGCUGCGUCUGCAUCAACCCCGGGAGGCUGACCAAGGGUCAAGUUGGCGGGACAUACGGCCGGCUGUUUGUGCAGAGGCAGAAGAACGGGGAGACGGACAGGCAGACGCCCUGCGUGGCCGCGCAGGUGGUGAAAAUCUGAACUGCCCCCUCUGAUGCGCGUGGACGUGUCCAGUAUCUGACCGCGGAUGUGAAGGUGACACAGCUUCCCAAGACACCUAGAUGUCUCCUGGUAGGACCAGGCAUUCCUACUGGGAUUUCUUCAUCAUCUGUGCCCUACUGGGGCACAGCUCAGCAGGGUCCUCUGUCCUGGGCCAGUCUUUCGAGCUGUCCCCAGGUGCGGCCCAUCUUCGAAGAUCGCUCCUCUCCCGGGUCUUUGUUGCCAUUUCUGUACCCCUGGGCUUUUACAGGAUGGGGUUGCCAGCCCCAUGUCCGUCUCUCCUCCUUCCGCAGCCGGGCUUGGGACUGUCCACGGUGGUGCUGGAGUCUGACGUGCCCGAUACAAAGAACUUGUCGAAACAAGGUUACAGUGGCCUAACACAGUUUUCCUCCCCCCCCCUUUGUUUAUUUCCAGCUACCUAAUGUGGCUUUCCCAUGUAAAUAAAAUAAUCUGA